AACCUUCAGUAAGCAUGCAGACGUUUUAUAAACAGACAGAACGUGAGAACGAGUGAACGACAGACGAACUAGAGUUGGAUAUGUUGAGAUUAACCGUUAACCGCCUAUUGAUGCGUCAAUCAACUCAGAGUUGGAAUGCGACAAGAUUUUCAACCACAGAUAAACCAGGAAGUACUUCAGUUGGAGAGUCAUUGCUUGUUGGAAUUUUGAAACAGAAGUUUCCCACAGCAAAAUAUAUUGAAGUUCAAGAUAUAUCAGGUGGAUGUGGUGCAAUGUAUGAAAUCUUUGUAGAGACCAUAGAUUUUAAAGGUCUCAACACAGUCAAACAACAUCGACUGGUAACUGAGGCCCUAAAAAAAGAGAUACAAGACAUGCAUGGUGUUCGGAUUCACACCAAAUUGCCAAGUGAUUAAUGAAUGAUAAUACUGCUGAAUGAAUGAGUUAGUGUAUAAAUAUGUAUCCAAUUUUUCUGUUGGAAAUAAAGUAAAGUUUAAAUUUCUAA